AUGGUGAUUUGUGCCUGUUCUCGAUGUUUAGAAUAUAACUUGGAUGAAGAACAAAUUGAAUUUGUGAAGGAUAAUUUUAAUAAAUUCUUCAAAGACUCACUUUAAAUUGAUUAUAGUAAAGGACAUGGUUCGUUUAAAAUUAUUGUGAGAGAUGAAUACAUAUUUAGAGGAUAACAUUUAUCAUCAUUUCCUUUAACUUAUUGUAUGACUCCUUUUCAUGAGUAUCCUCAUAAAGAUAAGGUUGAAAGAAUACUUACAAACGAACUUAGAGUGAAUGAUUAGAAUGUUAUUCAAACAGCAAAUUUUGUGUUCUUGGUACUCUUUUUAAAGUCUGAAAAAAAUCAAUAAGACUCUCAUACUAAAUUUCUAAAUGAAUAUCUUAAUUUAGAGUACAUUAAUAAAGCCUCUAUAGUUUUUUGGGAUUAAUAAAAGGCAUUAGAAUAGCUUUAAUAAAAGCUCUAUUAUGUUGACGUGUAAUAUAUUAAUAAUAUAUUUCAGUAAAUUGAAGGUCUAAUAGAAAUCACAUAAUUAGUCAUCUAAAGUUUAGAAAUUAAUGAAGGUGUUGUGUUGAAUAAAAAUGACUUCGAUAGGUCUGAAAUACAAAAAGCUAUUGCUUUUAUCAAAUAAAAUACUAUUUUUUUGAACUAUGGUCAAACCAUAUUCAACAGAGAAGAAAAAAUACUUCCCAUCAUCAUUCCUUUCUUUGAAUUGAUAUAAUAGGGACCUUCUAAUAAGUAGUAAAUUCUAUAAAGGCUUUGUAAAAUUAGUGAUUCACCUAAUGAUCACAUUAGAAUAAAUUAAGAAGAGUAAUAAUUGUAUAUUUACAGUGACUGUGAUUUUUUAAAAGAGGAAUUCUUUUUCAUUGUACCAAGACACGAAUCUUCAUUAGAACAAUUCAUGAAUUUUGGGGUUGUUAAUGAAAAUUUAGAUAGUGAUAGUCUAGUAGUAAAAGUUAAUACGACUUCAAUUUUUUAAAGCGAAAGUUAAUAGAAAAUUGCUGAACAGAUGAAUCUUUCAAAUCCUAUAUUAAAAUUAAAGACAGGGUAACUAGAUUAUCAAUUACUUCAAAUAUUUUCAUUGAGACACUACUUCAGGUUGAAUAAAUCUAAAUAAUCUGAUUUCAAGUAAAUUGAAAAUGAACUAAGCUCAGAUGAACAGUACACAAGAUUUGGAAAAAUAGAUUACUUAAAAUUUUUAGAGACAUUAAUUAUUGAACGAGGAAAGUUGAGCGAUGACUGGAAGAAUGUUUACACUUACAAAAUGAAAAGAUACGACAGUAAAUAAAGGUUUGAAAAGAGCUUGAGGGUAAUUAGAUUUUAUUAGAGAAGAAUAAUAGAAUCCCAAAUAAAGAUUCUUUAAAAAUACGUAAUAUAUGUAAGUUUAGUCUAAGAUAUCAAAAAAUAUCUAUGA